AAAAGCAAAUAUGAUUGGAUAUUUCGAACAAAUUGGAUAGUUAUGCAGUUGCAAUGGACGCGUAAUCGCUUAUUAACUGGUUUAGCACUAGUUUGUCUGCUAAUCGCAAUAUACUUGUACAGCCCUGCGGCAAAGCGUGGCAAGCAGAAUGCAAGAAAGACACCGCCAAAUCCCGAGGAGCCCUUGCCCCCCUCAAGUUCGCCACUGCUUCUGUUCAAGCAGGCGGGCAUCUGCUCGGAUAACAAUGCCUGCAGUCAAAUUGCCAGAGAGACGCUCACAGUUGGUGGCAGUGUUGUGGAUGCUGCUAUCGCAGCUCAGCUUUGCAAUGGGCUCAUUGGGAUGCAGAGCAUGGGUCUGGGCGGCGGCAUGUUAAUGAACAUUUAUAUGCACAACGAGCGACGGGCAUUUAGCAUACUCAGUCGUGAAAUUGCGCCACGAUCGCUUAACGCAGACAACUUUACGCAAUUCCAGAACGAGGAGCAGCUGAAACAGUCUGGCUGGUCAAUUGCUGUGCCCACGGAGCUGCUGGGCCAUGCCUUGGCCCACGAGCGUUACGGCAAGUUGCCAUGGAUGUCAUUGGUUGAACCGACGCUUCAGCUGUGCCACAGCGGAUAUGUCCUGUACAAGCAUCAAUACGAUGCCCUUCUCUUGAACGAGCAGAUGAUUAAAAGCGAUUCACUAAUGCGUCAAAUGUUUGUCGAUCCGGCGACGGGUCACUUCUAUCGCAUCGGCAGUCAUAUUCAGCCGGCCAAGCAACUAUGUGCCACCUAUGGGCGCAUUGCCCAGGAAGGACCAUACAGCUUCUACAACGGAUCACUUCAGCGGCAGCUAUAUGCUGAUUUGCGCGAUGUUGGCAGUGGGAUAAGCAAAGCCGAUUUGGCGAACGCACGAGCGGAGCUAAGGGAUUCGAUUGUGGUGCCGCUAGAUGACUACGAUUUGCAUUUGACGCCACCACCGGGCAGCGGACAUGUCCUGGCCCUCAUCAUGAACAUACUGCAUGCAUAUCGUGCCGAUUUUGCAGCCACAGCCAAAUUGGAUGCCUUGCAAAUCCAUCGAAUUGUCGAAGCAAUGAAAUUUGGUUUUGUUCAGCGUUGGCAGUUGGAUGAUUCGGCCGACGAACAGUUGCUGUCCAACAUGACGAGCUACGAGUUUGCUGCGCGGCUUGCCAAACUGAUUGAUGACACCAGAACGUACAACGGCUCGGCGCAUUAUGGUGCAAGUUCAGAAAUAGAGUCGCGAGAUGAGCAUGGCACAUCGCAUCUGUCGGUGCUGCACAACAAUGAUGCUGUUUCAGUAACCAGUUCUAUCAACUUUUACUUUGGCAGUGGACGCAUGGGGAAGCGAACUGGGUUGCUGUUCAAUAAUGCCAUGUCGGACUUCUCCAUGCGACACCUGAAGAACUACUUCGAUCUGCCGUAUAUGGAUGGCAAAAAUGUGAUAACUGGCGCUGCUCGACCCAUGUCAUCGAUGUGUCCACUCAUUGUCACCGAGCGUUGGACGGGUGAGGUGCGUUUAGUUGUUGGCGCUGCUGGUGGCACUAAAAUCAUUACGGCCCUUGUGCCGCUGCUGGUACGCAUGCUCUGGCAGCGCACGGACAUCAAAAGCGCCAUCGAUGCGUAUCGCUUCCAUCAUCAGAUGCUGCCCAAUGCUCUGCUCUACGAAUAUGGCAUGCUGCAGUCAGAUGUGGACAGCCUGCAGGCGAAAGGACAUCAAUGCGAACGCUAUCGAAAUCGUGGCUCUGUUAUUUGUGGCAUUACUCAAGAUAACAAAAGCAUCGCCAUCAAUUCGGAUUAUCGUAAAAUGGGUGGCGUGGCUGGUUUUUAGACUAGAGUUCCUAGAGCUAAUUUAAGAUCGUUUUAUGUAUAUAUAUAUAUAUGUAAUUCAAUUAGUAAUAGUUCCGUAAAUAUUUUAGAACUGCUUUAGCAAGUAAAAUUUGUUUAAAUUCCAAAAUUGUUAUUCCUGAUGUAAUCUACUGAUGUAAUUAUAUUUGAAAAUCCUUCAAGCCUCAGUGGGUACCCACAUAAAUAUUAUUCAAUAUAUUUAAUUCAUUUAUGAAAUCAUUUUAUUAAAUUGUAAUAAUUGAAAUUUGUU